AUGGCGGGUUUGCCCGAGGAUGAUGCCUCCAAGCCUGGGGAUGAUGGCAACCCGCAGACCCCCGGCUUUGAGAAAAACGCAGGCCCGGAGCCACCUCAGGAGGGGACUGGGUCCGAGGCAGAGACUUCUCAGGACACCGAAGCCGAGUCCCAGGGGCAGCGUGGGAUCCCUCGGGAUUCUAGGCCUGAGGACUUCUCUCAGAAGACCACCGAGAAAGCGCCUCCUGAAAAGCCAGGGUCAGAGAUUCCCGAGGGAACUCAGGCAGAAACUCCUCUGUUCACUGAAGGCCAGGCCCGGGAGACUGAGGAAAAGUCCCCUGCAAAGGCAGGGCCAGAGAGUCCUAGGGAAACUGAGGCAGAGACUUCUCUGGGUGCCAGAGCCCAGUCCCAGGGGGAGUUAAGGCCAGGGACCCCUCAGGAAGCUAAGCUUGAGGACUUAACUCAACAGGGCCCUGAGGAAGGGUCCCUUGCAAAGGCAGAGUCAGAGAGUCCUAGGGAAACUGAGGCAGAGACUUCUCUGGGUGCCAAAGUCCAGUCCCAGAGGGAGUUAAGGUCAGGGACCCCUCAGGAAGCUAAGCUUGAGGACUUAACUCAACAGGGCCCUGAGGAAGGGUCCCUUGCAAAGGCAGAGUCAGAGAGUCCUAGGGAAACUGAGGCAGAGACUUCUCUGGGUGCCAGAGCCCAGUCCCAGGGGGAGUUAAGGCCAGGGACCCCUCAGGAAGCUAAGCUUGAGGACUUAACUCAACAGGGCCCUGAGGAAGGGUCCCUUGCAAAGGCAGGGCCAGAGAGUCCUAAGGAAACUGAGGCAGAGACUUCUCUGGGUGGCAAAGCUCAGUCCCAAGGGGAAUUAAAGCCAGAGAUCCCUCAGGAAACUAAGCUUGAGGACUUAACUCAACAGGGUUCUGAGGAAGGGUCCUUUGCAAAGUCAGGACAAGUGAGUCCUAAGGAAACCGAGGCAGAGAUUUCUCUGGGUGCCAAAGCCCAGUCCCAGGGGGAGCUAAAGGCAGAAAUCCCUCAGGAAACUAAGCUUGAGGACUUAACUCAACAGGGCCCUGAGGAAGGGUCCCUUGCAAAGGCAGGGCCAGAGAGUCCUAAGGAAACUGAGGCAGAGACUUCUCUGGGUGGCAAAGCUCAGUCCCAAGGGGAAUUAAAGCCAGAGAUCCCUCAGGAAACUAAGCUUGAGGACUUAACUCAACAGGGUUCUGAGGAAGGGUCCUUUGCAAAGUCAGGACAAGUGAGUCCUAAGGAAACCGAGGCAGAGAUUUCUCUGGGUGCCAAAGCCCAGUCCCAGGGGGAGCUAAAGGCAGAAAUCCCUCAGGAAACUAAGCUUGAGGACUUAACUCAACAGGGUUCUGAGGAAGGGUCCCUUGCAAAGGCAGAGUCAGAGAUUCCUAAGGAAACUGAGGCAGAAACUUCUCUGGGUGGCGAAAUCCAGUCCCAGCGGGAGUUAAAGCUGGGGACCCCUCAGGAAACUAAGCUUGAGAACUUAACUCAGCAGGGCCCUGAGGAAGGGUUCCUUGCAAAGGCAGGGCCAGAGAUUCCUCAGGAAACUGAGGCAGAGAUUUCUCUGGGUGCCAAAGUCCAGUCCCAGGAGGAGUUAAAGGCAGACACCCCUCAGGAAACUAAGCUUGAGGACUUAACUCAACAGGGCCCUGAGGAAGAGUCCCUUGCAAAGGCAGGGCCAGAGAAUCCUAAGGAGACUGAGGUAGAGACUUCUCAGGGCACUGAAGUUGAGCUCCAGAAGAAAUUAGAGCCAGAGAUCCCUCAGGAAACUAAGCCUGGGGAAGAAGUGAAACCUGAAUUUCCCAAAGAAGGUAAACCAGAGUCGAGCAAACAUAAGGAUUCCAUUGAAAACACUGAGACCGCGAUGGAAUCCAGGGCUUUGGAUUCUGCCACAGAUGAGGAAGCACAGGUGUCCUCCUCAGAAAGUACAAUAGACUCCUCUAAGGAACUCAUCAGAUUUCAAAAGGCUCCUAGGACAGCCAAGACCUUAAAAAUUCAGGUGCCCUUGCCUGAAACUAAGAAAGAAACUUCUGAUGGAAAGAAAUCUAAAAAAGCCACUAAGGAAGUCAAGAAAAAAGUAGUUGUUCCUGGAACCAGUCCCAAACCUGAAAUCCAAGAAGAACCAGAAGAAUCUGAAAAUGUUGAGACACAACCUUUUUACCUCACAUGGAGCCCAGAAGAUGUUGCAGAGUGGAUUAGCCAACUAGGAUUUCCCCAAUAUAAGGAAUGUUUUACAACAAAUUUCAUCAGUGGCCGGAAACUCAUCCACGUUAACUGUUCAAACCUUCCUCAGAUGGGGAUAACAGAUUUUGAGGACAUGAAGGUGAUUUCACGUCACACACGGGAGCUACUCGGAAUUGAAGAACCAUUAUUCAGUCGAAGCAUUUCCCUUCCCUACCGGGACAACAUGGGCUUAUUUUUGGAACGAAAAGCUCAUUCUGGGGUAAAAUCUGAUGCUUUGACCCUAUCACAGUUUGUCAAAGAAGCAGGGUUAGAGGUCUGUGUUCCUGCUGAACCAAAAGUCGAGCCCCGUCCAAAAAAAAAGAAAAAAUGCUAUACAUUUAGUUUAAAAGAUCGAAUUAAAUUAAUUUAG